UAAAAAUCUCAAAUGAUGGAAAUUCCUGUCUGAGUAGAAGAAUUCAUUUGUUUGUUUAUCGCUCUCGAAAGUAGAAAUGGUUGCCUUUGUGGACGGACACCUCUAACCAUCCCCCCCCAAUGUUUGGCGCCCUUUGUUACACGCCACGAAUCACCUCUCUCUCUCUCUCUCUCUCUCUCUCUCUCUCUCUCUACCUACACAGACACACGUAAACCGUCUUCUCGUCUGUUCCUUCUCCUCCUUUGACACGAACAGCUCUCUCACACAGCUCAUUACCUCAAUCGCAUUGAUUUCUCUAGUAAUUCAAACCCAACUUUUCAAGCUUCCAUUUUGUUAGAGAAAAGAGAGAAAAAAGGUCGGGUUGGGAAAUGGUGAGCACGAGGCAGGGUCUUCCUCCGUGGGUAAGCGCGGCAGCAUCAUCAUCCAGAGUUGAAAUCGACGGAAACGUCACCUCUGUUUCGGGGACUGAAGAUUCAUCAUCGCAAUCUCAUCAUUCCAAGAAAACCCUUGCCGAUUUUGAUUUGAGUUUCGCAGAGAGGGCCUUCUCUGCUGCCGGUGCCGCCGUCCUCUCGGCCGUCCUCGUCAACCCUCUCGAUGUCGCCAAGACAAGGUUGCAGGCGCAGGCUGCUGGCAUCCCUUGCGAUGAUCUUCGCAGUAUGGCAUGUUUCGAAACAAACACGAUGCUUCCAGAUAUGAGAUGUUCUCCGUCCUGCGCUCGUGCAGUUCUUGGUGCUGAACCAGCAUGUCAUCCGGAUUGUUCACGGUAUACAGGCACAAUGGAUGUCUUCUACAAAGUCGUACGCCAGGAAGGAUUGGCAAGACUUUGGAGAGGCACAAAUGCAAGUUUAGCAUUGGCAGUGCCAACUGUGGCGAUCUACUUGCCUUGUUAUGACAUUUUGCGCAACUAUGCGGAAGAAUUCACUUCAAGGAAUGCUCCAAUCCUUACACCCUAUGUCCCUUUAGUUGCUGGCGCAGUUGCACGGUCUUUCGCUUGUAUCACUUGCUACCCUAUUGAACUUGCCAGAACACGUAUGCAGGCAUUCAAAGAGGCUAAAAAUGGUGUGAAGCCUCCAGGAGUUUGGAAGACUUUGGCUGGGGUCGUCUCCCCUGUCAGGAGCACAAACAACCUUCAAAACUUACAAAGUUACCGCAUCUUGUGGACAGGCCUUGGAGCACAACUUGCACGUGACGUUCCAUUCUCCGUCAUCUGCUGGGCAACCCUUGAGCCUAUGAGGAGAAGAAUAUUGGGUCUAAUGGGUGAUGAGCCCAGUGUGGCCGAUGUACUGGGAGCAAACUUCUGUGCUGGCUUUGUUGCAGGAAGCCUUGCAGCUGCUGCUACAUGUCCUUUAGAUGUUGCCAAAACUAGGCGGCAGAUAGAGAAGGAUCCUAGCCGAGCGUUGAAGAUGACCACAAAACAAACAUUGCUUGAAAUCUGGAGGGAUGGAGGAAUGAGGGGACUAUUUACAGGAGUUGGUCCUCGUGUUGCUCGUGCCGGCCCUUCGGUUGGAAUUGUGGUUUCGUUUUAUGAAGUGGUCAAGUAUGCUAUGUAUAAAAGACGGACAGUCCAAUGAAUUCAGUGAGGACAUGAAUGAUCCUUGUAUCCAGAACCUCUUCAUUUUCCAUUAAAGUUACUAAGGACUUCAGCAAAAAAAAGGUGAAAUUUUUUCUUGGAUGCUGCAGCUCAAGAAGUGGCAGCUGCUUCGAGCAAGAGUUGAUGCAUUCGGCAAUUCGCAAAGUUGAAGCUAAUUACAGCAGGAGCAGGAAGAUGAUUGAUUUAUUGCUUAAGUAGAGAUGAUUCGGCAUUACUUCUUUGUCACUUUCAUCUCUUUGUUGAGAUGCAAAGGAAAAAGAAUAAGAGGGAUUUCUUUUCUAUAUUUAUGAAAAUAAAGUGAUAGAGAAUGACAUGCGGCGCAGGAUUUUCGAUUGCUGAUUUAAAAGAAUUACAUCACUUCUUGAGACGA